UAUGCCAAGCGUUGUGGAGGUCACGAUUUGAAGUAGUAGGUUGGUAAGGAGCAGUCUGGUCUGGGUAAAGAGAGGAAGAGGAGAGGAGAAGAAUAGAAUAGAAUUGAAUAGAAUGGCGGCAAGCAGGUGUGUGCUGAGUAGUAGCAGUAGUUAUUGUUCAUAUAUGAUCUCUUAUGCGAAACCCCAAUUCGUUUUGAAUUAUAACCUUUCAUCACCAUCAUCAUCAUCGUCGUCUCCUUUGGGGAAAUGCCGAAUUGUUGGUUUCCUCCCUCAAAACCGCGCAUUUCAUCGUGCGGAAGCGGAAGUGCUCCAAAAGCCUGCUGCUGCGAACCCCCCUUUAUCCUCAUCGUCAUCCUCGUCCUCGAAAGAAUUUCUUCCCAAAAUCGACAAGAGUGGGAGGUUUUGCAGCCCCAGAGCCGCCCGAGAGCUCGCUCUGUUAAUCAUUUAUGCGGCAUGUUUAGAAGGUUCUGAUCCAGUUCGGCUAUUUGAAAAGCGAAUGAAUGCCCCAAGAGAACCUGGGUUCCAGUUUGACAAGGCAUUGUUAACGGAGUACAAUCACAUGAGCUUUGGAGGCCCCCCUGUCACAGCAGAGACAGUUGAAGAAGCCGAUGAGCUUAUGCGCAAUGAUGCCAACCAGUCUGCAAUUGGUAAUUUAUCACGCUCUCUAUUGCUUCCAAAUCUCCAUUUAUUGAUUUAUUCUUUAUUUACCUACUUUUAUAAGCCAUGCUAUCCCGUUUGUUGGUUUUUUUCGUCAUUUCUGUUGGUCCCGUCAGUUUAUACAUGGUUCAGGUCCAUCUUCUUACUACUAUGUAGUGUGGGUUUUACAACAAACAAUAACAUUCUUAGACUUGGUCUCUUCUCACAUUUUAUUUUUUCUUACAGUCAUUUUAUGCAGUUUUGAUACUCUUGUGGACAU